UGUAUUCAUAUUCUCUGCCAGUGAAGAGAAAACCAACCAACACUGCAACGCUGCGCGGGAGGGCUAUUGCGUGCUUGCGGGGACCCCAGCACGCAAUUCUAGCGCCGCCGGCAUCGCGAUAGGCUGUAGGAACACCACUGCUGCUACAGCUGACGACGCCGGCCUUAGCUUCUUUGCGCUGGCGCAGGGUCCGCGUAAAAGGCAAUUUUUGUAUAAGAUUACUGCCAGUAUCGGCGACGAGAAACAGCAUGUGGUGCGUCGACGACUCCGCGCUGCCAUGGGUUUCUUCGAGAUACCCGAGUUAAACACGCGCAAGGGCACGUUGCGCGCCUAUAAUUUAGCUGCGAUCGUCUUCAUUUCCUCGUUCCUCGCGGGCUAUGAUUCUGGCGUGGCUGGUGGUGUUCUCACCUACAAGUCUUUCAAGUCGGACUUUAAAUAUGCUGCCUCCAGCGAGUCCAAAGUGAGCUCACUAACCAUCGGUCUGGAACAGCUCGGCUCGUUUUUGUCGUGCUUCGUCUUCUACCCGCUCACUAACAAGUACGGGCGCAAAUAUGUAAUCGCCGCCUCCGCACUGAUCUUUGUUGUUGGCGCCGUGAUCCAGACAAUCAAGACGGGGUCACUUGGCGGGUGGUUCGUCGGCCGAGUCGUUGCUGGUGUCGGCAUGGGUGGUCUCAGCAUCGUCGUGCCUAUGUAUUCGGCGGAGAUGACUCCUAAGGAGAUUCGCGGCCGGUGUGGCUCGUUCUAUCAGUGGAUGUACACGUGGGGAGUGUUUGCCGCUUACUGGAUUGACUACGGUGUAGCAUCAAGCAAUAGCAUUGCGGGAACAUCGCGCGAAUGGCAGAUUCCUGUCGGGUUGCAAAUAGUCUCCAGUGGUCUUCUCUUCCUCGGCAUGUUUACCCUCCCGGAAUCAGUCCGAUGGCUGCUCAGUCAGAAACGGGCCGACGAAGCUUGGAAGUCUCUCAGUUGGAUUCGGGGUGACGAAGGAGAGAAUACGCUCGCUGAAUUCAAUGAGACGCAACUGGGGCUAAGAGCUGAGAAAGCGGCCACCGACAACUUCACAAUCCGCGAGCUCUGGCAUCCUUCCAACCGGUUGCGCUUUAUCAUUGGACCGUCCAUGUUUAUCUUCCAAAAUACCACUGGCAGCAGUGCUCUGGCUGUCUUUGCGCCGCAGUACUUCAAACUCAUUGUCGGAAACUCGGGAAACCGUGAUCUGCUACUAACUGGUCUUUUUGGCGCCAUCAAAGUCGUUGGAUGCACAUUUUUCAUUUGGUUGAUGGCAGAGAGAUUCUCGCGUCGCGCUCUCCUCAUGGGUGGAUCAUCGCUCAUGGCCCUUUGCAUGUUGAUCAUCACGUUAAUUGUCAAGUACAUUCCCACUCAGUCUACUGGGUCUGUAACCAACGCUGGGAGAGCUACUGUAGCCAUGAUAUACCUAGACAUUGUGGUGAGUAUAUACAACUGCUCCUGGGGCCCCGUGCCAUGGGCUUACGUCCCCGAAAUCUUCCCAACUCGCAUCCGUGCCUUGGGUCUAGCCUUCAGUAUGCUCGCCCACUGGGCAUCUUCAUUCUGUUUCUCGUUUUCCAGUCCAUAUAUGAUCUCAAACAUCAGCGAGUACACCUUCCUCAUCUUUAUGGGCUUUGAUAUCCUGGCAACCGUCUUCACCUAUUUCUUCGCCCAGGAAACACGGGGCAAGAAUCUUGAAGUCGCAGCCGGAACUGAAUGGGAGGUUGCCGAGAAGAUUGUGCCCGAGGGACAGGCUGAGCAAGGUGAGGCGGUUCCUGCUGCGGAUCUUGGGCUGGAGGGAGAUGGUAAGGUAGUUACUGUUGUCGCCGCCCAAGACACCUUCGGGUCUGGUUUAAAACAUCGCUUUUAAGCUAUUGCAACGUGAUUCGAUAUCUGCGUUUUGAAGCCAUGACAAUGUCAGUUUUGGCUAGAUUAGAUAUAAAUCCUUUAGAGGAAAUAUUAGAAUAUUAUCACAAUGUACCUCGAUUGCUAGUCGAUAGACGAGACAGCACUGCGGUAUCAUGCA